CAGAGGGAGUAACGAGAUGCUGAGACGGAAACCUACUAAAAUCCAAGUUAAAGUCGAAGACAAAGAAGAACUCGAAGAAGCCCGCAAACGCGCCGCCGCCGCCGCCGCCUCCUCCUCCACCGCCACAUCCUCUCUCCUCCAGCACUUCGACCGCUCUUCCCUCGAUCCCUCUUCCAAAUCCCACCGCAUCGGCCUCUCCUAACCCCCAAAAUCACACCCAAAAAAAAAGUUAAAAAAAAAAAAAAAAAAAAAUCAAUUCAAUAUCAAAUCAGCAAAAAAAACGGGGCUUUUAUCAAGAUUGAUAAUGGAGGUAGAAGUGAAGCUCCGAUUACCAAACAAAGCCGCCCACCACAAGCUCACCUCCCUCCUCUCCCCAUUCCACACCGCCACCCACCACCAGCACAACACCUUCUUCGACGGCGCCGCCGCCGAGCUCAGCUCGCAGCGAGCCGUGCUCCGCCUCCGCUUCCACGAGGAAACCGCCCACCCGAAAUGCUUCGUCUCCCUGAAGGCGAAGGCCGUCCUGGCCAACGGCGUCAGCCGCGUGGAGGAGGACGAGGAGGAGGUGGACCCCACAAUCGGAAGAUCGUGCCUCGACGAACCCCGGAAGCUGAUGGGCGAGGAUUCUUCUAGGGUUUUGAAGAGGGUGAGGGAUGAAUUUGGUGUCGAGGGUUUCGUUGGGUUGGGUGGGUUUAGAAAUGUGAGGAGUGUGUAUGAAUGGAAUGGUGUGAAGUUGGAGGUCGACGAGGUUAAGUACGAAUUCGGGGAUAUGUACGAGGUCGAGUGCGAGAGCACCGAGCCCGAGAAGGUCAAGAAGAUGAUCGAACAGUUCUUUAACGAAAACGGGAUCGACUACUCCGAUUCCGUAAUGUCCAAAUUCGCCAUUUUUCGCGCCGGGAAAUUGCCCUCUUCUUAGUAAGUUAUUCGGCGAAGGAUGAAAAUCGAGGAGCAGAGUAAUAAUAAGCAAAGAAUUGUCGCUACUGCUGCUGAUGCUUCAGCAACUGUGAGGGCUUCUUGUUUGCCAAUAAAGUGUUGUUCUCGGAGUUCAAAACUUAAUAUGUGAAAAUGAUGUCUCCUUGUUUUGAUUGUAAUUCGUGGUUUAGUUGUGUGGUUUGUUCGUGUUUUCAGCCGCAUCCGGUAGCGUAAUUGACUGCCCGAUAAUUGACUCCCCGAUUCUGCCAUAAUAUAAAACAAAGCUUGUGCUUAAGUAGACUUUCUUGCUACCAAUAUAACUUUUUACAAUUGUUUUCCAAGCCUCGUUUAGUUGCUGAGAUAAGAUUGUGCAGUAUUA